AAGCCCUCUUUCGUAGGUUCGUUGGUUGGUUCGUUCUUGCCUUCUGACUCGAUCUGGACGAUCUGGACCCUGAUCUGGACCCUGAUCUGGACCCUGAUCUGGACAGAGAGCAAACACACCGUUCCGUUCCCCGUGCCUCGUUCUUCUUCUGGGUUGACUGCCAUUUGUGGGUGGUGUUCGUCUCGAUGACUCGAUUUGUGGGUCGAGACUCAGACACGCCCGACGUCGGGUUCGGGAACCGCCUACGGUUAACCGUUAUCCUUGAUAGCGUAGCCCGUUCUUAAGUGUCGACCUUGCCUUGAUUGCCGCUGAGAGCGUGCUGGUGAGCGUGCUCGCUGGCGGGGCCAGGAUGAAUUUAUCCCCGCCGCCUGGCACAGGAUCGACGUCCGGAUCGACCUCGGAAGGGAUUUUAAAAGCCGAUUGGGUGGAUCCCGCCCCUUGGCCCGCCUUGGCGGGCGCUAAUCCGCCGUUAUUAGACGAGUCUGAGGCCGAUGAAGAGGCGCCCGAGCCCGAGGAUGAGGAUGAAGAAGAGGAGGCCCAUCCGGUCGUAGAAGUGGCUAAUAUCAAUGGGGUUUUGGUGGAUUUGUCCGAAGCCGAUCAAGACUUGGCCAAUAACAAUGACCCCAACAACAAUGCGGCCAAUCUCAAUGCGCCGUUGUUGGAAGGCCAACCUGACUUGGCCAUUCAGCCAGCCGCUCCGACCUUGGCCGAGUCUGAUCCAUCGCCCGAGGAACCGCCGGAGAACGCUCCGGAUGAAUCCGAGGCCAGUCAUUCCAGCUCCAGCAGCCAUGAGGUGUCGUUUAAGGUCGAUUUACCCACCGACAAUCCGGGUGAGGGGUCCUCGGGUUGUUCGGAGGCCUCAGAAUCACUAGAGUCUGGCUCGCCCCAUGGCACCCUGCAACAAUGCCCGAAGUACGAGGCCUUGAAAGCGGAUGCCUUGCUGAUCUUAAAAUUCAUGCCAGGCAAGAGCUUUGAGGAGAUUCAUCAUUACCUGGAGGCUCACAUGGAUAAUCCGGCACGCGUUCAGGUGGUUCUCAACGAAUUUCUUGAGGAAGUGGAGCAAAAAUCGGAGAGCUCGUCGAAAUCCUCCAAAUUUAGGUCCAGUUCGUCGCAACCAAUGGAACUUUCCGCCAGCUCCAGUGGAACGGACAGUGACAGUGAGAUUAACCUCGUCAAAAAUAAAUCGGGCAACGGUCUGAAGGCCAAGAACUCGAAGCUGAGCAAACCGAGCUCAGAUCCGCCCCCGGGUCCAAGUGGUUCAUGUGAAACAAAAGCUUCGCGAGGUGUCCUGCGAAAGAGCCACUCGGGCCGAAAACGCCUCAUUAGCUUGGAUCCCAACUUGUCAGACGAAGAUCUUGACUUCAAAAGCAAGAUUGCCCAUACCAAUGUUGAGACGACGACGACGACAGCAAAAACUCGCGACGAAGACGAUCCCGGGAAACCCUGUAAGCCUGUGGGCGAUAGAGGGGUCAAACGUAGGUGGAGCAAGAAGUCUAGUAAAGAUGGUGGAGGGCUCUUGCGUCGUCAACAUGAGCGGAGUAAGAUUCAAUUGUCAGAGAAACACCUUCAUGGGCCUUACAACUUUUACGACCACCGCAAACGAGGCGCCCCUUCUUCCUCAAGUCCAUCAGGAACGUCCACCUCCGAUGCCUUUGCAAGCUCCCGGCCGAGGGGCAAGAUCGAGUUCAAGGCCUUGCGGAAGGACCUCCAGGUCAUUGUGGACAACAAUCCUGAUAAGGGCAAUCUCAGUAACUCGAGUGCUCGGUCAGGGGCUGCCAUGUCAGGCCCAAGCACAGAGUCAAAAAAUGGGAACGAUUCUCCGCCAGUGGUGGAUCUUCGAGACUUGCCUCCAAGUCCGGUUGUGGUGGUAGAUCUGUCCGAUGCAGACCAAAGUGAAAAACGCGAGUUGCUGGGCAGCUUUACCAAUAUGUUUCCGGGUACGCCCGUCGAGUAUCUUGUGGAGCAAGCCGACGAGCUGGCAGGCAAACCUGCAGCUAUUGAAAGAUUUAUCAUGGAACUGCUGGCCAGAGAAUCCAAACCCCCGGAUUAUUGGGUUCCUAAGGCACAACGUCCUCCAGAGUUAGGGUUUUCCGUGGGUUCCAAUGCCGCCGGUCCUCCUUUAAAUACCGACCCUUCACUGGUCAACGGAGACGAGGUCCUCUUCCCCAUUGACGGGGGUACAUAUCCCAAUUAAUUGCCUCCGCCAUUGGACGAGCCCAAAGAAGGACUGAAAAUGGAUCUCUUGGACUGGCAAGCACCUCCAAACCAUUUGGACGAGGUCUUAUUACCCGCUCAUCCUGGUGAGCCUAUCAUUGAUCUACCCGAAGAAGUGGUCGAGGAAGAAGCCCUGGCCGGACCUUCUAAUGAGGAAAAUCAGGAAGAUAAGAAUAAAAGCCGAUUCUCGACGGUGGAGAUCUUGUUUCCGCAAGCGGAUCCGGAAUUCCUCCAUCAAAAGGUUCUAGAAUUCGAAAAUGACGACGAGGCAUUCAACCGAUGGGUCAAUGAGUCCCUCGAGAACAAAGGGAGCGACUUUCCCUCUCGUGAAGCCUACGAGAAGCGUCAAGAGGAAGCCGAUUUGCUCCAGAAAUACUCACGCGAGGUGGAUGUGGAAGACAUUCUCAACAUGUACGAGGACCCUGUGGCAUUUUUCUCGGACAAAACCCGCAAAACCUCUGAACUCUAUGAGAAGCAAGCUGUGGCCCAGCUCAAACGGGAGUUUUGCUACGUGGGUGUCAAUGUGAUAAUGAAGAUAUUCAUACAGAAUAACAAGCUCUACUACCCUGCGUUCAAGACACUGAAGAAGUACAAUGGAUCGAAAAGAAAGACCAAGAGAAUGGAUCACGAGUGCUCCAUGCCACAAGGGAUCGAUCUCAACUUUUUGAAGGAAGUUCAAUUCUCCCGGAUUGAAGGAAAGAUCGAAGCUCGCAAACAAAACUUGGAGGAAGAACGCCAACUUCUCAUCGAAGAGGGAAAGAAAUCCGGAUCUUUGAUUGAAUGUUCCUGUUGUUACAACGACGAAUGCUUACCCCAAGAUAUGCUGCCCUGCAGGGGUGGUCAUCUCUUUUGCAUUGAAUGCGUUCAGCGAGCUUCUCAAGUUGCCGUGGGCGAAGCCAAAACCAGCCUCACCUGCCUUGGGCAAUGUGACGAGAUCUUCGAGUUGUCCACUCUGCAGAAGGCCCUCAAGGCAAAUAUGUUCUCGAAAUGGCUAAAGAAGAUAUCGCUAGCCGAAAUUGAAAAGGCCGAUAUCGAGGGCUUAGAGCGUUGUCCGUUCUGCGAGUUUGCCACUAUCAUGGAGUUCUCUCCGGAAGAGAACAAGGUGUUCCAAUGUCAGAAUCCAGAGUGCGGGAAAGAGUCCUGCCGAUUGUGCAAAGAGAUCUCACAUAUCCCCUUGCGAUGUGAAGAGGUCGAAAAGGAUGCCGAAGUCCGAAAACGAACCUACAUAGAGAAUAAGAUGACCGAGGCCCUAGUGCGGAAAUGUUGGAAAUGCGGAAAACCGUAUCUGAAAGUGGAUGGGUGCAACAAGAUGACUUGCACCUGCGGUGCCAAGAUGUGUUAUUUGUGCCGAAAACCUGUCACAGACUACACCCAUUUCUACGGCCAAGGUGGCGUGAGCAACGGAAAGCAAUGCCCGUUGUGGUCUGAUAACAACAAGCUUCAUGAGCGAGAUGUGGCCAAAGGCGCUUUGGAAGCCAAAAAGAACAUGGAUGAAAAGGAGCCAUCCAUCAAACUCAAGCACGAUCCCACGAAGAACAUCCGCGAAGAGGCGGCCCUAGAGAACGAAGCGGCAGCGCCUCCGCCCCACCCGUUGGAAGUCGUGGUGGGCGGCCGUGGAGGUCGGAUUCGUCAGCACAUCGUGGCACAACAACGCAUGAUUGAGAAUCAGAUCGAGGCGCUCAAUCGCAUGGGUCGAGGGGCAGGUGGAGGACCUGGACCCGGACGAGGCCCGCCUGGCGCCAUGCCCUACCCAAUGCACGUCAAUCCAAUGCCCCAACGGCGACAAGGUGCUCCCCAUCUGCAAUACAACAACUUGAUCAACCAAAUGGGCGAGAUCUUGGAGCUUCGUAACCAGCACCGAAUGAGAGAGCAAGAGCUGUUGGGUAGAGAACGAGAGGCGCUAGAAGGUUACAGACACCAUCACGCGCUUGUGCCCCAACCACCCCCACCCCAGCCACAUCCCCACAACCCUUAUAUGGGUCGAGGGGGUCCAGGUGGGAUGGGCCCUCCUCCAGCUCAUUUUCACAAUGCCAUGCAGCCCAUGAGGCGGAUGGCCAUGGCUCCGCCCAGGCACGUUAAUGCACCCCAACACAAUCAACCUCAACCCCAGCCCCAGCCCCAGCCCCAGCCAGGACAGAUCAACCCCAAUCCCGGGGCCAAUCCUACGCUGAUGGCAGGCCCGGUGUUGGAUCCUCAAGGUCGGCCUCGGGUGAGGAAUGACCGUUUUGACGAACCGCCCCUCAUGUUCAACAACUAUUUUGGUCAAAUGGCGGCUGCCGUGGGCGGAGAUCCUCAGCGACCUGCCAUGGGAGAAAGAGGAGUGCGAAUGAUGCCCAUGGGCAGGGGAGGGGAGCAACCCGGCGAACAGCCCGUGGACCUCAGACCCCAACCAGCUGAUUUGAGGCGUGUGCCCGUGAUAGUUGGUCAUCCCGCUGGCCCACCUCGGCCUCCUCCACCUCCACGUGACAAUCGUCAUGGACGGCCAGAAGGUCAGAUGGAACCCGGUCCUGUUGUUCCAGCUGGAGCUCCAGCUCCUCCUCCAGGCCCUGUUCCUCAACCACCGGCUCGAGUCCGAGCCCACAAUCCUCCUCCUCCACCCCCCCACCCACCACAUCCGCCGCCCGUGCCUCCGCGUCCGAAUGGAAACGGAUUCAUGGACAUGUAUCUGGAUGCAGAGUUCCUCCUGGAUGAUCUGAAUCCGUUUGACGUUCUAUUUUAAGGGCCACUCGAGCUAGUUGACCCGUGGUCGGGCUUGAUGCGAAGGCCACGAUUGGACAGUAGGUAAUGAUUAGUACUAUUGAAAGUGGGAAGAUGGUGCAUCUGCGAUGUGGGUAAAAACCUUUUAUCGGAGAUGUAGGAAGAGGAGUCCCUUUGACCGUUCUACCAAAUGAUCGAAGAUUUGUCAAAAACAAUUAGUAUGCCAUUGUUCUCCAACCAGCCACUUUUGAUCUCUUAAAUAAUCUGAAAACUUGUCUCUCACGUUUCAUCAAUGUGGUGGGUCAAAUAAAUCGAGUAUGUCGCCA